CCUUAUGAAUCAACAUGCAGUUGAUACUAAAACAUUUUGUAUUUUCAAUGAAAAAUUAAAUUGUUAACCCGUGUUUGAAGAAAAAAAUGAAUGCCGAAGAUAAGAACUUAUCUGUUGGAAAUAGAGGUUACAAAACACAAUUCUACUGAAGGCACCUCCUUGUGGUUAAUGCAAGGCAGAAGACUGCUGGAAGAUCAAUUAAAGUUAAACUUUCUAGGAUCUUCAAGCAAGCACCCAAUAAACCUUUACUCACAAGAUAUCUCCAAGACUAAAAUGAGCACUGAAGACAAGAGUUUAUCUGUCUCAAUGGAGACUUCUGAGAGUGAUCUUGAGCCUGGAAGCUCAACUAGAGAUGAGCAGAAGAUUGGUGAGAAACCAAGGAAAAUGAAGAUGCCAAAGGACCCUCAGGCCCCUAAGAAACCAAGGAAAAUGAAGAUGCCAAAGGACCCUCAGGCCCCUAAGAAACCUCUAAGUUCCUAUAUGCUCUGGAGUAUGGAUGAACGAACUAAGGUUAUUGCUGAAUUAGGAAAUAUCUCUGUAACUACGGUUGCUAGGGAGCUUGGGCAAAGGUGGAAAAACAUCAACCCUGAGAUCAAGACAAGGUAUGAACAGCUAGCCAAGGAGGAGAAGGAGAAGUUCGUAAACUCUAUGAAGGAUUAUAAUCCUACUCAGGAGUUCCUAAACAAGGUGGAGUUGGCCAAGAAGAAAACUGAGCUCAAGAAGAUCAAGGAUCUCAAGAAGAUCAACAAGAUCAAGAAGGUGAAGGAUCCCAGUGCUCCUAAGAGACCCAUGAGUGGAUAUUUCCUAUGGACCCAAGAUAACAGAGCAAACAUAAUAGCAGAACUGGGAAAUGUAUCUGUGCCUGUAUUAGCCAAGGAACUGGGGAAAAGAUGGGGAAUGUUGGAUGAGGAAACCAAGAAGGAUUAUGAAGCUAAAGGAAUAGUAGAGAAGGAGAAGUAUAUGAUGGCUAUGCAGAAUUAUAAUCAAACUCAACCCAAGGAACAAAUAUCUAAGAUGAUGGUUGGAUCUGUAAAGGAACCUGUGAGGGCUACGAUGUCGACGAAGACGUCUUCAUCAUUCACUACCCCGGCUUCUAUGUAGUUGUAGUCCUGAAGAUUUAUCUUGUAGUCAUUUAUUAGUAGUCAUAAGCAUCUGCUUUUUAGCUUAUUUUAAACAUGAAAAUAAUACAAAAAAAAUGUAUUAAUAUUAGGAAAUCUUCAGUUUUAAACAAAACAUGAUAAAUUUAAAGUGAGACUUCAUUUUUUGUUUAAAUAAAAUUAAAUUUUCUAAACUAAUGUAAAUCAUUUGUAACGAAAACUGUUUCGCAAAUAAAUAUGUUUUUCGAG